AAAUUAAAUGAAGAUGUGCAAAGUGGACCAAAGGGUUCUAAUCUUUGGCAACCUUAAUAACACUUCCAGGCAUGUUUCGAGCUUAUUGAACCACCUUAACAAAGCCUAAUCAGCUCUUUGAGUUAUCUGGUUUUCACCUCUAUGAAAUCGCUUCCAUAGAAUUUACUUCCUCUUUGUGCUUCCGUAUGUUCCAAGAUGUCAAGCGCAGUUGACAAAUAUCGGAAUCUGUCAGUAGAAUAGUUUUAUGUAUCGAAGUGACAUCGCGAAUAAUUUUCAUAUGCAAAAUGCCGUACGUACUCGUUAGUACCCAGAUCAGACUGGAAAAUGGACCAACAAUGGUUGGAGACGAAUGGAAUGAUGUGGAGUUGAUGGAAUAUCUUGGAGCUAGUCUAUGCAAAGAGCUUGGCACUAACUACAUUGAAUACCGAACCCCAGAUCCUCCAAGAACCGUUCUGAAUAAAUUGGAAACAAAAGGUUACUCCAUGGUAGGCAUGGCCGGCGUUGGUCAAACUUGCAUUUGGACCAUGCAUAAACCAGCAAAGGAAUCUCUUGACAGUUUGCCCCGGAGUGUGAAUUCAAAAGAAAGUGAUUCAGAAGAAAAGGUGGAGGUUAUUGAUAAGUAAAUUCUAAAUAUAUUUGUUACUCAUUGGAUCAAAAAAAAAUAAAAUAAACAGAAAACCUAUGGUCAUGUAUUCACCAGUGCCCCCAUAUUAAUAUAUUUAUUUAAUUUUUUUUUAUAUAUAUGUUUCUCAUUCAGUUUACUCUUUUUGAUUUACAUCCAUCAUAUUUCUUGUAACCCCCUCACACACACACAUACAUGCAGUUACAUACUGAUAGAUUUGCAUGUGAGAGUGUGUGUGUAUACAUGCAUAUCAUGAUCAAUGGAGUCUGGUGCGGCCCCUGACCUUACCAGCUCUGGUCAAACUGUCCAACCCAUGUCAGCAUGGAGAACAGACAUUAAAUGAUGAUGAUAAUUAUAUAUAUAUAUAUAUAUAUACACACACAUAUAUGCAAAUGCAAAUAUGUAUACAAAUAAAAAUGACCACUCAACACAUAUCAUGGGGAAUCAAACAAUAAUAAAAGUAUAUCUAUAUAAAUACAUACAUACACACAUGUGAGCACAUAGGUACAAAAUAAGGUGAAUAAAAUUGUGCGUGAAUACCAGAAGGGGAGGAACAUAUAGUGUUUUAUUGAAGCUGAAAACUUCACAAACUGUUAUUCUGAGUUUCAUGUAACUGAUCACCAGACAGAAGUGAACUUUUAGAACAGUACAGCUGAGUUACAGUUUGUGAACUUUAUCAGCUUAAAUAAAAUUCUGUACACAUACACAUACACUCACACAUAUAUUCAAGGAACAUAAUUUUAUGAUUUCUCACAUUUCAUCUGAUUUCUUAUUAUAUCUUACUCUAACUCACUUUCUAUUUGCACCUUUGAGUGAGCUUUCUUUUUCUCUCUUUCUUGAUGGUUGAACCUUAAAUUUUUAAAUCUUCAAUUCAGUUUUCACCCCCACCCCACCCAAAAAAAAAUCAACUUUUAAAAGGUAUCAUUUAGUUUCUUACAUAAUACAUUAAAAAAAAGCUUCUGAAAUUUCCAAUAGAAAUUUUAUUGAAUUUAAUUUUAUGUUGAAUAUGUAAGAUUUAAAGAAUUAAUUUUGUUUUAAGUGAAGAUAUGUAAUUAAGAAUUUCAGAAUUUAGAGAUGAAUGAAAAUAAAACAUAGAAGUAAUUUCAGAAGAAUGUUAAAACUUUUUCUAAAACAAUACUGCUGAAUCACAAUUUAUACUACUGUAAGAAAUAAUAAUAAUAAUAAUUUUAAUUUUAAUAAUAAUAAUAAUGAUAAUUAGAAAGGAUUUUGAGAUUGGUGCUUGGGUGUUGAAACUUAACAUCCGAGUACCUAGUCUUAUAAUUUGCUUAAGAAACACUGUGCAUCCUUUGACAACAGGCUCUCACAGAUUCAACCAGAGCAAGUAAGACCGAGAGCUCUGAGAAGUAAAAUAUAAUAAUACUAAUAAUAAUUUCUAUCUGAGCACAAAGCCAACAAUUUUGAUGAGAGUGUGUUAGUUGAUUGUAUCAGUGUCAAUAUUUGACUGGGUCAUUUAUUUCAUUGACCACCAAAUAGAUGAAAAGCAAAGCUGACCUCAGCAGGGUGUGAACUCAGAAUAUAAAGGGCCAUAUCUAUAUAAUGAUGAUGAUAAUCACAUUUGUUCUUAACAUAGACACAAGGCUAGAAAUUUGAUGGGAAGGGUUAGCCAAUUAAAUUGAUCCCACCUCAGUACUUGACAGAAGUACCAGUCGAGUAAUGGGGUCAAACAUAGUGAUUAACCCCUCCCCUAAAAAUAGCUAGCCCUGCACCUAAAUCAGAAACCAAACAACAACAACAACAAUAAUAUUAACUAUACACAAAUUUUCCAGGGGAGUACAUAGUCAAUUGACUCAACCUCUGUAUAUUACUGAUACCUAUUUUAUUCACAAUAGAAGAAUUAAAAAGUAAAGUCAGCUUCAGUAGGUUUGAACACAGAACAUGAGGAGAAAUGGUAGUCUGCAAGACUAAGUGGUGUCCAGUAUUUUGUUUUGUUUCAACAGUAAAGUUAAUAGUUAUUGAAUGUUGUUGUCUACCCCUUCCUCUCUUCCUUUCUCUUCAUGUCUGCAGCUUACUUUGGAUAAUUAUGGAAUUGUUAAAUUCUGAAAGACUUAUAUAAAAUGUAAACUAUUGUUAUCACUGAAUAAUUAGUUGUGUUUUGCUCACUGAAAAAGAAAAAAAAUAUCGUGAAUAACAAUUAUCUUAUGUUGUCAUACAAUCAUUGAAAUUUCUGUAUAUUUCUAAAAAGAAAAUAAAUAUUGUUGGGGAAAAAAGA